GGCGUUUUCGCUUCUCUUUUUUAACGCCACGCUCGUGCUGAACUUGUUCCCCUCUUCUUUCUCUUCUUCAUCGUCUUCUUUUUCUCAUUACUGCUGUAUUUUUAUUACAUAUCAAACGAAAUACGGAUAGAGAUUUAUAACAGACAAAAGGGGGCUCUUAGGUAGUGGGUUUUCUUUCUCUCCUCGCAAUUCACAAAAAGAAAACAAGACAAACAGCAAGCAAUGGGGAGCCAACACAGCAGACCCAGCAGCACACGACACAGCAUUCGAUCAUCCACCGGAUCGUUAAGCAGUAGAAGAACACUCAAGCGGCUAUCCCGCCGUCUCAACACCCUCAGUCACCAUCAUGAUUCACAAGACCUCGUCACCGUCAGCAACGAAUGCGAGCAUACCAUCCACAGCAGCAGCAAUAGUUCCAGCAGCAAUAGCAUUCUCACAUCAUCAUCGCCCGUCUUAUCGCCACAGCAAGAGCAGCCACCACCACCACCAUCAUCAUCGUCGUUAUCACCACAACGGCCGGACACCGUCGUCACUACGCUUGUCGAAAAGCAAGAGGAUCCGGCGUCACUCGGACAGCACCUGUACCCAAGGCGACGAAGCAGCGAGUACGCAGCAACAGCCGCAAUGGUGCGUCGACGGUCCCCGUCACCGUGGAAGCACAGGCGACCGCACUCGUUUGCAUCCUCAACCGAUGAAAGCAACGUGAGCGUGUGCUGGUCAUCCGGCGGGCUCUUUUCACAAAUUGACCCUGCAAGUUCCUCCUCCAUCACCACUGCCACCGACUUUUCUUCCACCAUCUCUCGCCGUUCUCUCUUCCUGAGCCAUGACAAGACCAUCAUGCUCGUCCCGCCGCUACAGCUCCAGCCUCGAAAACAGCCGGUCCAGCAAGCUGCACACAAGGCCGACGAAAUUCUUGACCGUCUUGAGCAGCAGCAGCAACAGCAGCAACACGACCGACAUUUUCUGGACGAAGCUGCGGCAGCCACUCGUACAUCCGACGAUCGUGCCGAGUUCUACAAGGCCGCACAGACCUGGAGCGCAAAGACCAAUGAUCCGGCCGCCAUGGUCUGGGUCGCCCGGUGCAUGCUUGAUGGUUGGGGCAUCCCUCCAAACCCUACGCUUGGAUUGAACCAGCUGAAGCAACUGGCAGAGUUCGGCUGUUGGGAAGCGUACUACCCUCUGGCCGACUAUUAUCGCGAAGAAGACAAGACCCGCAGACUCGAGAAGGAAGCCAUCCGGUGGUACAAGGCCGCCGCCGCGCUGGACAUGCCCAACGAGCCCGUUAUCGGAUUUGCACAGUACCGACUGGGUGAGAUGUAUGCCAAAGGUCAAGGCGUGAUGGAAGACGACGCCUCGGCGCUGGCAUGGUUUGAGUCCAGUGCCAAGAAUGGAAACAAGUACGGCCAAUACAUCUCGGGCGUCUAUUAUGAGCAAGGCAUUGGCGUCGAGAAAAACGUGGAAACAGCCAAAACGUACUUUUUGGCAAGCGCUAACCAAGAUUUUUCAGAUGCACAAGCUGCCUUGGGAAUUUUAUUGGUCGACCAACAGCAAUUGUACGACGAAGGCAAAGCAUGGCUUGAGCGUGCCGCACAACUGGACAAUGCACGCGGACUACUCAAGCUCGGAAUCAUGUACGAGAACGGUCAAGGCGUUCCAUGCAGCCCUGAACAAGCUAUGAACUACUACAAAACUGCCGCCAUCACUGCCGACGAUGCCCGAGCUCAGUACCUGGUUGGACUCAAUUACCGUCUGGGCACCAUGGGCUUACCACAAGAUUUUAAAGAAGCCGGCCGCUACCUCGCACGCUCUGCGCGCGCUGGGUUUGCGCCUGCCCAACGCAUCAUAGGCCUGAUGCUUGCACAAGGCCUGACGGGCCGCAAAGACGAAAAGUCCGCACUGAUCUGGUUCCGACGCGCAGCCUGCCAGGGCGAUGUGCGCGCACUUUGCUUGGUCGGCUCAUGCCACGAAACCGGCACCGGCGGCGUUCAAGCCAAUCUGGAUCUAGCCAUGGACCAUUACCGUAAAGCUGUCCGCAUCCCCGGACCGUUCCAGUCUGCCGCACAGCUGGUCUUGGCGCAGUUACUGUUGAGAAUGGAUCGACAGCGCGAUGCCUAUGAAUGGUUUAUGCGCGCAGCAAGCCACAUCACCAAUGAUCUGGUCGGUGACACGCCUGCAGCCGUGGCGGGGCGCAAGGCGAUGCUGAUGGUGGCUCGCUAUCAUCUACAUGGUUGGGCUGGUGUGACAAAGGACCCAGCCACAGCGUUUCAGAUGCUGCACACGCUCAUUGAGCAGAAUCCGAAUGAAGGCGGUGCGCUCUAUUGGCUGGCUGCUUGCCAUGAAGAAGGUAUCCCGAAUAUUUGUUUGCCCGACACUGCAAAAGCGUUUGUCUAUUACAAACGCGCAGCCGAAGCUGGUGACACCGACGGUGAAUUCCAGAUCGCCUUGAUGCUAUCCAACGGACAAGGCGUCGAACGUGAUCGCGCAGCUGCAUUCCCUUGGUACGAAAAAGCGGGGCGCAAGGGGCACAAGAUCGCCUUGUACAGCUUGGGACUCUACUUUGCCAAAGGACUCGGCGGCAUUCCCGUCGAUCUUCGACGUGCGCGAACCUGCUUUGAAAAGGCUGCACGUAAAGGCUAUGUGCCUGCCAUGACAUCACUCGCUAUUCUAUGCCGUAUGGCUGCUGGUCCACAUGCUGCGCCUAUAUCUACAACGAAUAACAACAACGACGUCCGCUCAAUCCGACAGCAAAUGAAUGCUCAGCAAGAACAGCGUGAAUUAAUGGUCUACUGGUACAAGAAAGCGGCCGCACUCGGUGAUGCUGCUGCACAGCGCGAAUUGGGCAUGUUGUACGACUCGGGUCUCGGCGUCACACAGUGCUAUGAGCAAGCCUUUGUCCUCUUGCAGAAAGCAGCAGCGCAGCAUGAUCCGCGUGCUACACUGCUCCUUGGCAGCUAUUACCAGAAUGGUCUUGGGGGUAUUGAACGCAAUGUUGAAAAGGCGCUCGAAUUAUACCACCAGGCAGUCAAACUCGGCGCUUCCACUGCACAUUAUGCCGCAGCUCGUGUAUACCAAGAACUAGCACGGUAUGAAGAAGCAUUUGCUCAGUACAAGUUUGCAGCAGAGGACAGCGGCUUGGCUGAAAUGUCUGCCGGAAAAUACUCCAAGCUUAUGCUCGCCCGCUACACGCUCGGCUAUUACUACGACCCUUCCAAUUCCCCCAUCGCCAUUAACAACCUAGAUGGCGUCACCAAGGAAACCGCAUUCCAGCUUCUGUAUCUCCUAGCUACCCAGGAUGAAUUCCCACCAUGCUUCUUUUGGCUUGCCAACUGCUAUUACCAAGGCAACGGCUCCAGUGUGGACAUGGAAAAGGCGUUUGAAUACUACUUGGCUGCGGCCCACAAGACCGAUAUGGUGGAUGCCAUGGUACGCGUAGCCUACAUGUACGAACACGGCCAAGGCACCGAACCUGACCCCAUGGCGGCAUUCAAGUACUAUCAAGCCAGUGCAGAUGAACACCAUCCUGAAGGGGAAUACAAUAUGGGCAUGGCGUAUUGGCGCGGGCUCUACAAUGUCCCUAUCAACCUUGGUGAAGCGGUUGUUUGGUUUACUCGAUCUGCGACAAAGUAUCCUGCAAGUAGUUGGGCGCUAGGCCAGAUGGCGCUUGAAAACGGAGACCAGGAUGUUGCUAUAGCAUGGUGGCAAAAGUCGAUCAAACAAGGCCAUGUUCCAUCGAUGCGAUCCCUUGCCAAACUCUUGCUACGGACAUCAUCCUCAACAUCCUCCUUACCAUCCUCGCCAACAUCUAUGGACUGUUUGCCUACAGAAGACGAUGCAGCAGCAGCAUUGAACGAUGAGAUGGUUCUUAGCAGCAGCAGCAGCAACAACAACAACGAAGCAGGCAAUUUUAACACUGUCGACAGGGCAAUUUCUUUGCUAGAAGGCGCAGUGCGCUCGGGCGAUCCCGAUUCGCUCGUCAUUCUCGGCAAAUAUCACCAGAAAUGCGCAUUACAAGAUGUCCAUCUACAAAGCAGUAACAGCAACGGCCAAGACUGUUGUGAUGACGACACUCUUGUCCAGAAUGCCGAAAUCUUAUUACAGAAACGCCAAGCACAGCAAGAAUUAGCCAUUCGUUGUUUUGAACAAGCGGCCAAUAUGGGACACGUUGAAGCCAUGUUCUUGGCAGCACAGUCCUGGCAUUCCCAGCAACAAUUUGCCGCGGCUUUGGAUAUGUACGAACGUGCAGCCCUACAAAAUCAUGCCUUGUCGCGUGUCAUGCGUGCUCGCUAUAGGAUCGCUGGUCUUGGAGGCAUCACAGCUGAUCCUGAAGCUGGAUACCAGGAACUAUUGUCAUGCGCACAAGAUGACAACUGUGUAGAUGCAUACAACUCCUUGGGCCAAUGUCAUGAGCUUGGACUUGGAACUGCACAAGACGACCGUUGUGCGUUAGAGUGGUACCUACGUUCGGCUGAAAAAACGCAAGACGCUGAGGCCAUGUUCCGUAUCGGCCAGAUGCAUGCACAGGGCCGCGUCCCUUCACAACAAGACGAUCAAAACAAAGAUCUAGAGGCUUUACAGUGGUACCGAUUCGCCUGCGAUUCACGCAACCAUCCCCGCGCACACUACUACAUUGGCCUCUACCACGUCCACGGUAUCCGUUCCGCUGAUGAUGCUGACAACAAGACAUUCCUCUUACAGCCUGAUAUGCCCACGGCCAUCAACCAUUUUCGAAAGGCGGCGGAACAAGACGACCGAGACGCCAUGGUCCAAAUAGCACAAUUGUUAUUGUUUACAGACGACGAUCACAACGACAACAAUGAGCAGCUAAUCAACAACAUUACUGCUACCACUGCUAGUACUACGAUCGAAGGCCUCGAAUGGCUGGAGCGCGCAGCGCAACUAGGAUCAGCUGAAGCGCAAUGCGAAUUAGGCAAACUGUAUCAUUCAGGAAAACCUGCACACGUAAAUCAAGACUUUGAACGAGCGUAUGACUAUUUCUGUCGAGCCGCAGCACAAAAGGAUAAGACAGCGACGUUGUUUAUUGGCACCUAUUACGAACACGGCAUCCACGUCCCACCCAAUCUGGAUCUAGCCCGCGAAUGGUUCCAAACUGCAGUUGACACGCACAAAGGAUGGUGGCUUGCCGAAUUGGCAUUGGCUCGCUUAUUACAUACCACUUCAGAUACCCAACACGAAGCCUAUCACUUAUUCAAGGCUGCCCAUGCGCAUGCUCCACAUGAAACUUCUGCCACACUGAUGUGUGCCCUCUAUGAACUGUAUGGAUGGGCCAAUGUACCUGCCCGGCCGGCCGAGGCAGCUGCUGUAUUGCUUCAUUUGGCUCAGCACAGUAAUGAACCCAAGACUUUCCUUCAUGUUGCCCAUUGUUAUGCACAAGGACUCGGUUUGCCCCGCGACGCUGUCAAGGCGUUCGAGUGGUAUGGCCGAGUCGUGUCCCAUUACGACCAAGACGAAGACGACGACGAAGCUGAAACGUAUGUGGGCGAGGCCUUGUAUCGAUUGGCCGAGUUCUAUCAGCAUGGAUGGGAUAACGUUGUCCCCGUCGAUCCAGGAAAGGCUCAAGACCUAUUCAAACUGGCUGCCCAACAUGGCUUUUCACCGCAACGUUAGUUGUCAGCGCACUUUAUUUAUAUGCUAUGUAUAGUACCCUUAUUCUCUUUUCGUGUUGUUGUAUAUAACAUACAUAUCCACUAUAUAUUAUUCCCAUCUUCUUAUACCUUUUGUUAUUACUAUAUUUCAUCAUAUUGUUAUGCCCCAUUCAGCCUACACGGCACAACAACAACACCACUUGCCACGCACAGCACAUUCAUCAUAUACCUUACAUAUACACACAACGCUCAAUUUUUUCCUUUAUUCUUUUUGCAUUUCUUUGUUUAUGAAGACUAUUAUUCCCCAAUUGCACGACAAAUAAUUGCACAACUUUCCUUUCGUUUCAGUUACUAUUAAAAAUAUACCACAGCCUAUCCAAUAUAGCCGUGGUUGGCCAUCCCUCCCCUCCAUUGACGCGUGCAUAACACAUG